AAAUUAUGCUCAGGACCAGAGAACCAGGAGCAUCUUUGUUUUGACCGGGACAACAGGGCAGUUAUCUGAGUUUGACUACAUGACUAAUAGUUUCUGCUGUACAAUUUGCAACCAUGUCGUUAUUUAUUUUUAUUUUUUUCCAUUUUUGUUUUAACCUGGACUAUAUGAGUUUAUUUUGUGUUAGAUUUGGUUAUAGCAUGCUUGUAAUAAAUCAUUUUGACAGCAAGUCACAAAAAUCAACAUUUUGUAUAUGGACUACUCAAAAUUGUGCAUUUGUAUUUGUAAAAUAUCUAAUCAAGUCUAAUCAACAGUAGUGACUACCAGCAAAUUCAUCCAGGGAGGAGAACGGACAAUUGCUCUGACGGAUGAAUGACAGAGACGUGAUGUGUUACCGUUUUGGUAUUGUAUUGCAUUUUUAAAAUGUUGUGCUCAUUAAACUGUAUUUUUAAUUGGGGACAGUCAUUUUAUGUGAUGUGUUAUAACUGUGUUGACUCAAAUGUUGUAUUCGAUAUAUUAGUCUCGCUUAAAAAGUAAAUUAACUGUGUGGCCUGGUUAGGUACUGGGCUAUAACAAACAAGAUUCACUUGAUUCAAUUUCAUCUGGCUCUUCUAUGUUUUACAACAUAGCUGAUAUGCGGUUUGCAAUGUACUACGUAGAUUUCUACACUUUCUGAUAAUGGCAAAAGAUUUUAAAAAACGGAAAAAAGUGUUUGAGGCCAAUAAUCUGCUUUAAAAACAAAACAAAACAAAGAAACAAAAAAAUGAUUAUGUGCAAAGGAAGGUCGAGAGCUGUGGCACUUACAUGUAAAAGUGACACUUGGCUGUGUACCCAACUAAAAUACUGUUCUGUUUUUCUCCAUGAGGAUGAGGUUUCAUGCAAACAGCUGUAUUAUGAAACUUCCCGUUACCGCUCGCCUUUCGAGCUGCUUUAGUUUCAUUUUCAGGGAAACAGAAACCUAACGUGAGUUACGUCUGCUCCUACACAGAGAGCUCAGACACUGGCAGAAGCAGGCUAAGGCAGGAUGUUGAAGAUAUCAGGACAAAUCAGCUGCUGUGUUGCUCUCCUCCUGACCCUCUCCUCUGUGUCAGCUGUAAGACGAGCGCUCAAUUCAAUCAGUGACCUGAAGACGGUAGGCUUUGGCCAGUCUGUGCCUGAGUACAGCCUCCGCUUGCUCCACUGGUUUGCCAAUGAAAUUGACAUUAACAAUAACGAUGACAUCUUGCUGACCUUUGACCUAAACAGUGGUGCUUAUGGCUCACAUUAUUAUCGCAACAAUGAAGAGCUGUUAGACCCACUGCCGAGGGGAUACCAAUACUACACUGUUGGUAAUAUCUACCAAGAUGCAUCACUGGAACUUCCAGAUUAUGUCGCGGAGUCGGACAUUGAGGAAAGUAACAGGGUUCGCAUUAUAAUUAGAGUCAGGCAGCAGAAUGCAGCACGGAUAAUAGAUCAAGUCUAUAUCACACAGCAUUAUGAGCCAUAUGAAGAUCAAGGGACAGAUUAUGAUCCACAACAUACAUAUCCAGUCACCGUCUGCCUCCUAAGAGCAAUCAGAAAGUUUUCCUUGGACCGCAAUAACAUCAACUCAAUGAGGUCUCUCAGAGACCACUUUGGAAGCAGUGCUGAUGAUUCCCAGCUAUGGGACAUUAUGGAUAUCUGGGAUGACCUUGCUUGUCUUGGACUGUUUUUGUUUAUUGUGAUCCCAGAAAAGUGUUCCUCUCACAAACGCAACAGCAGACGUCAGCCAGCACCAAGAAGGAACACACAACCUGAUUUUGAGAGCAGGCAAAAUGUCACUUCUGGGAUGUCUGCAAAAGAUCAAGUGGAUCAUAGAAAUGGGAUAAAACUGAAGGUGACAACAGGCGAAAGUGGAAACGCCAGAAUUAUUUGGAGCAAUGUUCAUAGUGACCUUCUUAAACGAAAUGUGAUGGUGGCACUUUACCAGAAUAAUCAGGAAGAGAAAGCCCUGAUUUCUAUAUGUAUUGGGAACAUAGUGUCAGGUAGUUAUGACACAUCAGUACCCCUGAAUGAAGGCCUUCAGGUACGACUGCAUGAGGUUAGGACUCGAUUUUUCUUCUGGAUUUCAGUAGGAAAGGAGAUAGACAGAGGCAGUGAGUUUAAAAACCCCAAAGCUGUGAAUAUAACAGGUUACAAUGCUAACCUGCAACUCUUUGCAAAAGACGGCAAGGCUUGUGCUCGCUUAAUAGUGACAAAGUCUUUCCAUAACUGGAAGUCUGAAUUUAAAAACGCAUGGGUAGGUUUCUAUAGCUCUGAAAAUAAAGCCACAAAAAACUAUGAAUGGUGGCAAUGGCAAUGGGCAACAAAAUUCAAAGAAAACAAUUCUCAGGACAAUUAUAAUGUGUACGAGUACGAGUCAGACAUGACAAUUGCCGCAGGAGUGCAAGUACGCUUCAUACUGCAGCAUGAAAUAGAGAAAGCAAGAACCUCACCCUGGGCUGAAUGAAGAAAUUUACUCCUUUAAAUACUGAUUGAAUAAUGUUUUUUAAAAAGCCAAAAAAAGAAAGUAGAGACAAGUGUUAGCAGCAGAUUUUAAUUGCAGGUCAUUACCAGCCUCUUAAGAGUGAUCAGAAAGGUUUCUAGAGACCACUUUUGAAGAAACAAUCAUGAUUCCCUGCUAUGGGACAUUAUAAACAUAUGGUUGUUGUUUAUUGUUGUCAAGUGGCCUGGCCCUAUACUAUGAAGCAAACCCAGAGUAUCUUUCAAUUAGCUGGAUUCACUGGUGAUCAGGAUACAUAGUCAUACGAAGCUGAUUAUCAACUUGCCAAGUUAACUCCCAGCUUCUUUCACAUGAAAAGGGUGGUCUUAGCAUCUGACUGAUCUCAAAGGAGCAUUUCAUAGAUCAUAUACACAAAAUGAUCCCUAUGCAACCUAAACCAGACAUAUUAUCAAAUGGUAAUUAAAAGUCUGUAAACAUAGUAACAUUGAAAAAAUAAAUAAAUAAGUAUAAAUGUUUUUAUACUUCACAAAAAUGCUGCCAAAUCUUAUAAUACAGCAACUUGGACACAGAAAAAACACCAAGAAUACCUAUUCAACAAAUAAAACGAAAGUCACUUUGAUCUGCAGCCAAACUGAAGUCAUUUCAACAUCUCCUUUAUUAGCCUGUGGGACAGUAAGUUUUAAUGCUCAAAUGCAUCUAGUAUAAACAGCUGUAAUGUGCAUCCAUCACCUUAGAAAUAAUCAACAGCACAGAGCAUGCACUCAGCCAUAAAAUAAUUAACGUGAAUUAAAAUGUUUACUUUACCACUCACUGCACUAAGUCAUAAGAUUAAUGAUUUUCUCUCAUCCUUUUUGCAACAGUGUUGCAUUUUACAGUUUAUGUUCUUUGCAUAAUUUUGAUCAACAUUUUAUCAUCAUCUGAUAAGGUCUGUGAUAGCAAACUCAUAGGGAUCAUUUUGUGUGGAGGAAAAGUCAUAUGACCUAUGAAACACCCCUUUUAGAUUGGUGUUGGCAGCAUCUGACCAACCGUUUCAUGUGAACAUGCAGGGAAAACCCUGGAGUUAAUGAGUUAAUAACUAGCUUCGUGUGACUGUUUAUUCAAUUGCUGAUGUUAGAGUAAGUAAAUCCAAAUAACAGAAAGAUACCCUGGGUGUGUAGAACUUUCUUCAUAGUACGGGCCUCUGGAAAGCUACAACUCUAACCUAAAUAACCUAUCACAGGCUGCAACACAAGGAAACAACACGACUCUGAGAUAGCACCUUUGGAAUCAGGGCUUCUCCAACAUCUUAUUCUCAUUCUUCUGUUUCCCCCGCCUGUCAUAUGUGUGCAAGGACUAAUUUAACUAAAAUCAACAUCAGCACAUAGUUUAAAUCGAGCUUCUCUGUUAGAAUUGACUGUUACCGACUACAGAAUCCUUGAACAGUGUUACAUCAUUAUUCUUACUUGCUGUCUUGAUACACUCCUAGCAAGUUUUUACUUUUUUCAGCACCUUAGCUCCUGACCUUUUUUUCCUGGUAUUUCUUCUGUAUCAUUGAAGACUGCAUUUUUCAAACCCUCUUGAAAAAGAAAAAAGGACAAAUUCAGAUAGUGAGGCCAUUAGUAAUUAUUGGCCUAUUUCAAAUCUUCCAUUUAUUGGGAAGAUUACUGAGACUGAGUUUUUAAAUCAAAUUUCUACUAUGAAAUCUUCCAAUCAGGAUUUCAUCAAUGUCACAUCACAUAAACUGCUCUCAUUAAAAAGGUGUUCAAUGAUAUUUACUAUCAUUGUUUACCUGUUUUACACUAUAUUUACAUAUGUUUUUAAUCUGUGUUGUAUGUUUUUUAACAUUUUUAAAGUAAUUUUUACUCAUUAUACUUUUCUGUUCAUUCAUCAAGUCAUUUUACUACAUAUAUUCUCUUCAAAAAUAAAGUUAUUUUAAUCAGAUUUCGUAAAAUACUUUGAAUGACUGUUGAGUAAUCGCUGAUAUAUAAACAGAUUAGCACACUGCCUUGCCUUCAAACCAGUAAAUAACACAAAGAGGCACAACAUGCUCUAGAUAUCAACUAAACCAAGCUAUACCCGCCUCACUGUUCACCAAGAAAAGGCCACGACCACCAGCAGGAUGUGUAAUUAAACAUGGAAACAAAAAUCCAGCAGGAGUUGUUACAGAUGGCUGCAAAGCGUACAAUAUUUAACUUUACUUUGUGCUGUAUGGAUUUGCUUUCUAAAUCUUGCAUAGAAUGCUUGAAAUGAAAUGUUUGGGAUUUCUAAAUAUAUUUUUAGCAUUUGAACUACAUAAAUUGGUGCUUACUAUGUAUGAUGUAGUUGCGCCACAUAUUUGUAAGAAAAAAGGACAAUUGCUCUGAUCGAUGAAUCUCUCGUAUGUUGAAUAAACAUGUAUUUUCUAGAUGUUUUUUGUAUUUCUUCUGUCACCUUGAAAAGUGUGUGUUCAUUAAACCAUU